GAUGUGUUAAGUCAAGGGGUUUUUCGAGUCAGGUCUGUGGUUCUCUCUCCCGCCCUCCUCCCACUGGUUGCAGCAUUUCCGACACUGGGAUAUUUUUCCCCUCCUCUUGUAGCUCUUGGCUCUGAAAGUCACUGAUUUCCUUUGGAGUUUGGGAGGAGAGACACAAGGAGGGGAAGGAGGGGAGCAGAGAGACAGCCUGUCCUCAGAGCUGAAGUGGUCAGGAAGAGCUCACAGGACAAGGGGACGCAAAGCAGGCGCAGCAGGAGAGCCGGGAUACAUACCCCUCCAUGGCAGCUGAGAUGAAGCAGCUCCUCUUCCUCUUCCUCGGGCUGAUCGCCAGUUCCAUCCAGAUCGAGGACAACAAGAUCCCGAGCCUGUGCUCUGGGCAGCCCGGAAUCCCAGGCACACCCGGCAUCCAUGGAAGCCAGGGUCUUCCAGGCAGAGAUGGACGUGAUGGCCGGGACGGAGCAGCAGGGAUACAGGGAGAGAAGGGAGAGAUCGGGCAACCUGGAGUCCCAGGUCCCCGCGGGGACAGCGGCAGCCCCGGCAUGAAUGGUCUGAAUGGGGAGAAGGGGGCACAGGGGGAGUGCGCGGUGGCUCCCCGCUCAGCCUUCACUGCCAAGCGCUCGGAGUCACGCAGCCCACCCCUGGCGGAUCAGCCCAUCCGCUUUGAUGUUGUGCUGAUCAACGAGCAGGGCCACUAUGAUGCGGACACGGGCAAGUUCACCUGCGAGAUCCCUGGCGUCUAUUACUUCGCCGUCCAUGCCACUGUGUACCGCAGCAGCCUGCAAUUUGACAUCAUGAAGAACGGCCAUUCGGUGGCCUCCUUCUUCCAGUUCUAUGGCAACUGGCCCAAGCCCACCUCGCUGUCGGGCGGCGCCCUGGUGCGCCUGGAGCCUGAGGACGAAGUGUGGGUUCAAGUUGGGGUGGGCGACUACAUCGGUUUCUACUCCAGCAUCAAGACGGACAGCACCUUCACCGGCUUCCUGGUGUACACCUACUGGCAGAACUCAGCUGUCUUCGCCUGAGACCCGAGCUGCCGGGGGAGCGACUGAGAAGUGCCGUCCCCUCGGCGCACAGCCCAAACCCUGUCACGUCCCCUGGGGAGGGACCCCCCAAGAGGCAUCGGGUCCAGUGGCCUAAGCACAGUCCUGGGAGCCAGGACUCCUGGGUUCUUCGCCAUUGACACUUCCCACUACCACAUACGGUGGGGAUAAUGAUGCUUCCCUACCCCAGAGUGGGACUCUGUGAGGAGUCAUUAGUUAGUACUGCAUAAGAGCUAAGUAUUCUUAUUAUCACUGGUGCAUGAAGUUUGGGAGGUCUCAGCCCAGCUGGUCUCCUGGCUCCUUGGGGCACUCGCUGUCUGUGCAAUGGAGACGCAAGAAUGUGGUUAUUUUAUGUUACUUCCCAUAGCUAUUUAGGAUUGAUGCAUAUUCCCUGAAGUGCAAGUGCUGCAUCCCAGCGAGACUGGGCAGUGCCCAUGGCACAACCCCCCUGGUGUCUGUGGGGCUCACUCACCCCCUAUCUCAGCAGAGAAGCCAAGGGCUGGGUGGGCCAUGGACACAGAACUCCUGGGAUGUUGCUGGGGAAGCCUGCCACGGUGCCCUCCCUGCUCUGAGCAUAAACAGGGCUCUUCAGGGGCUCCCAAUGCACAGCCCAGACCCCCAGCUGCUGUAAAUCACAGAGCUCCUCUAUGGAGCUUCACAGCUAUACGCCAGCUGAGGAUCUGGCUGGAUCUUCUUCCCACUUUUACAUCCACAGCAAUACAGCAAAAUCCUAUUGAACCCAAUGUGGGGGCUCCAGGCGUACCCAGUUACAACAGACUGGACACUGCCCCCGCUGUGUGCUCCCAUUUGACAAGCAGACACGACAUGUAGCCUGACUCCUGGACCUGCUCCGAGCGCACCCUGCAUAGGGCCGUGGCUGGGACGUGCAGCAGAAGCUUGCUUGACAGGCAGUAGCUUUGCCAGCUCAGCCACCCAAUUUCAUCUGUGCUAGGUGCAGGGACCACUCUGCUUUCAUGCCACUCAGACGUCGCUCUCACAAUGUAUAUGAUCUCCCUGUGAACUCUCAAUAAAUGGGGUCUUAACUAUU